CAUCAUUCAUCACCAUCAUCAUCAUCAUCUCAUCACAGCUCAAGGUCAUCAUACUCUGACUACUCUCAUACUCACCGUUGCUCAAGUCUGUCACCGCGAGAAGGACCACCAGCAAUGAACGGAACACUCCACAACCAUGACCAGACGAGUCAAGAGCCUCCCAAACUCUAUUCUGUCUUUGAUCAGGUCUGGGACCGCCAAUAUGGCAUCUGGACAAAGGCUCCGCCCCCUCCCAAAGCCCUCGGUGACGGACAAGAUGCUUUCGUCGCUUUCAGGAGGAAAUCCGCGACCACCAAUAAUGCGGAUCCAUUCACCCAUAUCGAACUGCAAGAUCCGCGGCUCGUAGAGUUUCUGAGAACCUGUCUUCCGACCGAGGGGGGGUUGUUCAGCAAACCAGCCAACAUUGAUGCUCAAUUGCUUUAUGUCAGCCGCAAGACCGUCCGAUCAGCGGCGCAAGAUCUGUCGAUAGGAAUCAAGGGAUCGGUCGACGCUCUCCUCGGAUUCGUGCAGGAAGAAUUCGCGGAUGCUGAGGAAAAGCUUCAACUCUUGCCUAAAGGAAGCAUAGCUUGGUCGCUUCUAUGGUUACUUUUCGAGGUCGGACAACACGUCGAGGUCGUCUAUGACCUGACGGGCGAGAAAAUGGCUAUGCAAGUCGAAGGAUGGGCCUAUGCCAUGUCGCAGAAGGGCCGUACCUUCAAUCUUUAUGGUCACGUCUUUCAGUGGACGGGCGUCCGGAUCCAGAAGAUCAAGGUCACCCGCAAGAUUUUAGAGUUUGCUAAACUGAAGCCAAUUGCAUCUCUUCCGGUGCAACCUCUGACCACAAGCGCCAAAGAGCAAUUUGCAGACCGAUCGGCAAAAUACCUGGAGCAUUGCGGCCAAUUCUAUUGUGGCUACAAGGGCUCGUUUGUCAUGAAAGCCCAUGCUGGAGGCACACGUAUCAAUGGCGAAGGGCGCGUGAUGAUCGAUGUCAGGCAGUUCAGGCGCUCAGUGCCGGUGCUGGAUGUCUGGGAUGACGAUGUGAACACGAAUGACGCCGAGAUUAUCAACCUGGGAGAUGAUCCUGAUUGGAACGCUGCUACAAAGGCACACUUGCUUCCGCCCACAUUGCAAGGAUUCUCCUUCGCUAGCAAGAAAUGGGGAGAAUUCUCCGUCGACAAGCUGCGUCCAGUCAUCUGGGAGGAAGCUCCCUUUCAGCAUCUCGUUUUGGCAGAUUCGUAUCGCGAGGUCGUGCGGUCGCUGAUCGAAGUCCAUUCAAGCGACAAGAAGCGGCUCCUCUUGAACGACGUUGUGCAAGGGAAGAGUAGUGGGUGCAUCAUCGCUCUGUAUGGUAAUCCGGGUUGCGGCAAGACCUUGACCGCUGAAGCAGUGUCUGAGCAUCUCAAGCGACCUCUCUACGCGAUAUCGGCUGGGGAGCUGGGAACUUCCGUGUCAGCGCUGGAGCAGAAUCUGAAGAACGUGCUCGACCUUGCUACGUAUUGGAACGCUGUGCUUCUCAUCGACGAAGCAGACGUAUUCCUCGAAAAGCGAGACUCUCAUGAACUUGAACGCAAUGGCUUGGUGGCGAUAUUCUUGCGCGUACUUGAGUACUUUUCCGGUAUCCUGAUCUUGACGACCAACAGGCUGGAAAGCUUUGAUAACGCGUUCCUCUCGAGGUUCUCACUUAUCCUGAGAUAUCCCGAUUUGGACAUCCCCAGCCGGCGGGUUCUGUGGGAUCGGUUCUUGGCCAUGGCCAAUACCAAUCCAGCGACCUUCGAUCUGGACAGGCUGGCUGACAUCCCCCUCAAUGGGCGUGCAAUCAAACAAACGGUCAGGACUGCACAAGCGCUAGCGCUGACAAGAGAUAAGCCCCUGGAUCGAAACCAUAUCGACAUUGUGCUGGAUAUGAACGUCGCUUAAUUCCGCUGUAUCGAAUUGGGACUCCCAAGAAAGCUGUAUCUUAUAUGAGCGUAGAAAUGUUUACACUGCAGAGAGCUACAUCAUCGAAGUC